AUGGCUGCCGUCGGCGUCGAGACCAAGCCCGUCGAGGCCGUGCCGGAGGACACCUGCUCCGCCAAGCUCGCCGCCUCCAAACUCGGCGAGGGGCUCCGCCCUUACUAUCUCCAACACAUUCACGAGCUCCAGCUCCAGGUCCGCCAGAAGACCCACAAUCUCAAUCGGCUCGAGGCUCAGCGGAACGAGCUCAAUUCCAGAGUGAGAAUGCUCAGGGAAGAACUACAACUUCUUCAGGAGCCUGGGUCCUAUGUCGGUGAGGUUGUCAACGUCAUGGGAAAGAACAAGGUUUUGGUUAAGGUUCAUCCGGAAGGGAAGUAUGUGGUUGAUAUUGAUAAGAACAUUGAUAUCACAAAGAUCACACCAUCUACAAGAGUGGCUCUACGCAAUGACAGCUAUGUUCUUCAUUUAGUGCUGCCAAGCAAAGUAGAUCCUCUCGUCAAUCUGAUGAAAGUGGAAAAGGUUCCAGAUUCUACAUAUGAUAUGAUUGGUGGUCUGGAUCAGCAGAUUAAAGAAAUCAAAGAGGUCAUUGAACUUCCAAUUAAACAUCCUGAAUUGUUUGAAAGUCUUGGAAUAGCUCAGCCAAAGGGAGUCCUGCUUUAUGGUCCCCCCGGCACUGGCAAAACCUUGUUGGCUAGGGCUGUGGCUCAUCACACUGACUGUACUUUCAUCAGGGUUUCUGGUUCAGAGUUGGUUCAGAAAUACAUUGGGGAAGGUUCCCGAAUGGUUAGAGAACUUUUCGUAAUGGCCAGGGAACAUGCUCCAUCUAUCAUUUUUAUGGAUGAAAUCGAUAGUAUUGGAUCUGCUCGCAUGGAAUCUGGCAGUGGCAAUGGGGACAGCGAGGUGCAGAGGACUAUGCUUGAGCUUCUUAACCAACUGGAUGGAUUUGAGGCCUCAAACAAAAUCAAGGUUUUGAUGGCUACAAAUCGUAUUGAUAUUCUGGAUCAAGCCCUGCUGAGGCCAGGACGCAUAGACAGAAAGAUCGAAUUUCCCAACCCUAACGAAGAGUCUCGUUGGGACAUUCUGAAAAUCCAUUCAAGAAGAAUGAAUUUAAUGCGUGGAAUUGACCUGAAGAAGAUUGCGGAGAAAAUGAACGGCGCCUCUGGCGCUGAGUUGAAGGCGGUUUGCACUGAAGCAGGAAUGUUUGCACUGAGGGAGAGGAGAGUGCAUGUAACCCAAGAAGACUUUGAGAUGGCAGUUGCUAAGGUUAUGAAGAAGGAGACGGAGAAGAAUAUGUCCCUGCGUAAGCUGUGGAAGUGAUGUGUUAGUUGUUACUGCUUUAUCUUGCCAAGUUCUUUAACUGUUGUAAACGCACCAAAGUUCCUUUGUUUGUUUGGGAUCUUUUUGGUACAAAUUUCAGUGAUUACUAGACUUGAAUGUCUACAUCAUCUAUUCAGCUUCAAUUUCACUUUCCUCUAGUAAACUAUUGGAUACAGCAA